UCUAAUUUGACAUUUGGAUUUUGGACAUUCCUGACUCCUUCAUACAAAAGAAGUUUCCAAUAUUAAUGUAUGUUAUAUAACAAUUAUUUUUACUUUUUGUUUAUAGUUUUUACAAUUUGUGAUCGUUACAUUUUAAGAAUAAAUUAGUUUACAUCCAAAUUUGAAAGGUAAAAGUUCAAUAAGUAAUGUCUAUCAGGUUAAAGAUUGAUAUCUUUCAAAAUAAUUCAAAAUGAUUGAAAUCACUUGUAAUGAUAGAUUGGGAAAGAAAGUCAGAGUAAAAUGCAAUCCUGAAGAUACAAUCGGUGAUUUAAAAAAAUUAAUUGCGGCUCAAACAGGAACAAAAUGGGAAAAAAUAAUUUUGAAGAAAUGGUACACAAUUUUCAAAGACCAUAUUAGAUUGGGAGAUUAUGAAAUUCAUGAUGGAAUGAACAUAGAACUUUACUAUCAAUGAAUAUAUGUAGUAAAAACGGACUGUACACUUUUUUCUUUUAUACAUAAUACAAUUUAACUAAUAAAGAUUACUUUUUAAAAUAAUGUUAAUAAUUUUAUUCACUCAUAGUUACAUACAUUUUGUUUUGUUGUUUUAAUGUAAAAUAAAUGUAGAUUAAUAUUGUUAUAAAUAAUUUUACAUUAAGUUAGAUUAAUGUAGUCUAGAUGCAUUAACAUUAUUUGUGUGUACUGCUACUAAUCCUUCUGAAAGUUCAUAUUGAGUACAAUGUUCACUAUUUAAUAAAUCUCGUAUAUGCUGAACAAUCAAAUCAAUAGCCACUGCAAAAAAACAAAAUUAAUUGAGAUAAAUUAUAACUUUUAAUUACUUUAAUAGUUUAAUUUAUUAAUUUCUAAAUAUUUAUAUUGUAUACUGCAUUAAAUUUAAUAUUUUUA